GCACUAGAAAAAUACCCCAACUCACCAAUGACAGCAAAGCAGAUAUUGGAAGUCAUUCAGAAAGAAGGGUUAAAAGAAACAAGUCUGGUUUCAGACCCCGGCAUGGCUUGGAGACAGCGUUGGUGUGUAUGAAGGAUCUUCCUCGAAUGAAGGAUUUGGGACAACUUUCCAUGAUGAUUAUAUUAGAGCCUCAGCUGCUUUCGUGUUGGUCAUGAUGUGAUGCUGAACCGAAUGCUUGAACUAGCAGGAGUGGCUGGGAUUGCAGUGGAGUGGUUCCAUUCAUUCCUUCCGGAAAUGGAACUUCUCCAUUAGCCUGUCUGAAUGCAAUGCUUCACACUAACACUCGAAUAGGGGAUGGAACAUUCUUCAAAAUCCCUGGAAAGUCAGGCCUCUAUGCUCUCAAAAAAGAGGAGUCGGCAUGCCCAGCUGACGGAACGCUGGGUCUAGGCUGUGAGUCUGAACUGGACGGCACCGAAAUGGCAGAGACCAGCACCCGUGGAGAAGGGAAUGGAGUUUGUGCGAAGCAGGUAACUGAUGAAGCAUCUUCCACUCGAGAGUCAAGCCUUACUAACACAGCAGUGCAAAGCAAGUUAGUGUCUUCCUUUCAGCAGCACACCAAAAAGGCUCUUAAGCAGGCUUUGAGACAGCAGCAGAAAAGAAGAAAUGGAGUCUCAAUGAUGGUAAACAAGACUGUUCCUCGCGUUGUGUUGACACCAUUAAAGGUGUCUGAUGAGCAGUCGGAUUCGCCUUCAGGAUCCGAAUCUAAAAAUGGUGAAGCAGACAGUUCAGAUAAAGAAAUGAAACAUGGGCAAAAAUCUCCCACUGGAAAACAAACAAGUCAGCACUUAAAACGAUUAAAAAAGUCUGGUUUAGGACACUUGAAAUGGACCAAAGCUGAGGACAUUGACAUAGAAACCCCAGGAUCUAUUCUUGUCAACACUAAUUUGAGGGCAUUAAUAAAUAAACAUACAUUUGCUUCCUUACCUCAGCAUUUUCAACAAUACCUCCUGCUUUUGCUUCCAGAAGUGGAUAGGCAGAUGGGAAGUGAUGGAAUUUUACGCCUCAGUACUUCAGCUCUAAAUAAUGAAUUCUUUGCAUAUGCAGCACAAGGAUGGAAACAGCGACUGGCGGAAGGAGAAUUCACUCCAGAAAUGCAAUUGCGGAUAAGGCAAGAAAUUGAGAAGGAAAAGAAAACAGAACCUUGGAAAGAAAAAUUCUUUGAAAGGUUUUAUGGAGAAAAGUUGGGCAUGUCAAGAGAGGAAUCUACAGAGCUCACUUCUGGACCAAACAAUAAUGGAGCUGAAAGUAGUUCUUCUUGUGGAGCCUCUAGUCUUCCAGGUCUUCCUUCACAGACUCCCUUGGAGGAACAGCAGCCAAAAGGCGUGAAAAAUCCAACUUCUCCAGCACCUGAUUUCUGUGCUGUGCUCUGCCCGAUGGUCGAUGCAGGCAAAGAUGUAAUGACCGAAUUGGAAUCAGAGGAUAUCUUGAUCCCCGAAGAAUCUGUGAUUCAGGAGGAAAUUGCAGAAGAGGUAGAGACUAGUAUCUGUGAGUGCCAGGAUGAAAAUCACAAGACAGUACCUGAAUUUUCUGAGGAGUCUGAAAUCCCUGCCAGUGCUCAUGAAGAGCCCCAAAUAGCACUUCCGGAAGAUAACUUAGAAUCUUGUGUUAUAAUGAACGAUGUUUUAGAAACGUUGCCUCCUCUUGAAGUUAAGGGGGAAGAGAAAUCAGAAUCUCCCCAGGAAGAAAUGUCAGUCGUUAUUGACCAACUAGAAGUCUGUGACUCUCUCGUUCCUUCCACUUCAUCCAUGACUCAUGUCAACGACACAGAACCUAAGGAGCCAGAAACUGCACUAGAGACCAAUACUUUAAAAAUGAAAACAGGGUCAUCUUCUCUAGAAGGCCAGUUUCCAAAUGAAGGAGUCGCUGUAGAUAUGGAGCUACAGAGUGAUCCUGAUGAACAGCUUUCUGAAAAUGCUUGUAUCUCUGAAACUUCCUUCUCUUCUGAGAGCCCAGAGGGAGCCUGUACCAGCAUGACGUCCCCCGGAGGGGAAACCCAGUCUGCUUCAGAAGAAUCAUGUACUCCAGCCUCCCUUGAGACAAUGUUUUGUUCUGAGGUGUCCAGCACUGAAAAUGCAGACAAAUAUAAUCAGAGAAAUCCCACUGAAGAAAACCUUCAUGUAUCUUUUAUGUCAGAAAUAUCUCCAGUAUCCACUUCACCUGAAAUAUCAGAAGCAUCACUCAUGUCCAGUUUACCUUUAACCUCUGAAGCAUCCCCAGUAUCAAAUUUGCCUUUAACAUCAGAAGCAUCACCCAUGUCUGAUUUACCUUUGACAUCAGAAACUUCUUCAAUGUCUUCCGUGCUUCUCACAUCUGAGACCACUUUUAUAUCCAGUUUGCCACUUCCUUCAGAAACAUCUCCAAUUUCCAAUUCUUCCAUGAAUGAAAGAAUGGUGCAUCAACAAAGAAAGUCACCUUGCAUAUCUGAAGAACCACUCUCCCCACAGAAAGAUGAAAGUUCUGCACCUGCCAAGCCCCUGGGAGAGAGCCUUGUGUCUCAGCAGACUUUAUCAAAUACGCCUGAACCCAUCAAAAUGGGUUCUUCUCCCAUCGCUCCUGAAGCAUUUUCAUCUGAAGAACUACACAGUAAGACACUGAAUCAGCAGCCUUGUAAGUCACAUGUUGAAACAGAGAAGCCCUAUCCUGCUUCGAUUCCAGAACAUCCUUCUACAGAAAUCAUAAAAGUUAAAAAUCAUAAUGUCCUACAAAGAACAGAAAAGAAAGGGGUGUCUUCACCAUUGGAAUUGUCUCUCUUUUCUGAAGAAACAGAGAGUAAAGGAAAUGAGCUUCCAUCAGCUAAAUUACAGGACAAGCAGUAUGUCUCACCAGUGGACAAGGCUUCAUUUCCAGAAGGCUCUAGAAAUAAAACACAUAAGCAAGGGAGCUCACAGAAUCGGUUGGAGACCCCGUAUAUUUCAAAGUUGCCAGAGCCGUCCAAAUCACCUGACGGAAUGAGAAAUGAAAGUAGAGAAUCCGAGAUAUCGAAGAGGAAAACUGCAGAGCAGCACAGCUUUGGAAUCUGUAAGGAAAAGAGGGCGAGGAUAGAAGACGACCCAUCAGCCCGGAACCUACCGUCUAGCAGCCCAUCUGAGAAAGAGCCGCCUCUGAGAGAGGAACCCAGGGUGCCACCUCUCAAGAUCCAGCUUUCCAAAAUUGGGCCACCUUUCAUUAUCAAGAGCCAACCAGUCUCCAAACCAGAGUCUCGAACAUCCCCUAGCACAUCUGUCAGUGGUGGGAGGAACACAGGAGCCAGGACCCUUGCAGAUAUCAAGGCUCGAGCCCAGCAAGCAAGGGCCCAACGAGAGGCAGCGGCUGCUGCUGCUGUAGCUGCGGCAGCGAGCAUCGUCUCUGGAGCCAUGGGGAGCCCAGGAGAGGGUGGAAAGGCAAGAACCCUGGCACAUAUCAAAGAGCAGACAAAGGCAAAACUCUUCGCAAAGCAUCAAGCCCGAACCCAUCUCUUCCAGAACACUAAGGAGUCCCGGUUGCCUCCACUUGGCUCAAAGGAAGGCCCUCCAAGCUUAGAAGUUUCAUCUACCCCUGAAACAAAAAUUGAGGCUUCAACGGGUGUCAUUAUUGUCAAUCCAAACUGCAGAUCUCCUAGCAACAAGUCUGUGCACCUUCGGGAGGCCACCACUGUAUUACAGCAGUCUCUUAACCCAGCUAAACUUCCAGAAACUGCCACUGAUUUAUCCGUGCAAAGUUCUGAUGAGAAUAUACCUGUGUCCCAUUUAUCUGAGAAAAUUGUUUCAUCUACCUCUUCUGCAACUAGCAGUGUGCCCGUGCUUUUUAAUAAAAAUUCUGUCCCUGUGUCUGUUUGCAGCACUGCUAUGUCGGGAGCAAUUAAAGAACAUCCCUUUGUGAGUUCUGUUGAUAAAUCCUCUGUUCUAAUGUCUGUUGAUAAUACAAACACUACAAUUUCUGCUUGUAAUAUAAGCAUGUUAAAAACCAUCCAGGGAACUGACACUCCAUGCAUAGCCAUUAUACCAAAAUGUGUAGAGAGCACUCCCAUUCCUGCUACUAACGGGGGCGCCAGCAUAUCGGGCUCCGUGGAUGACAAGCAGUUGCUCAUACCAAGCAGCAGCGCCAGUAACUUAGUCUCCAGUCAGUACACCUCUGUGCCAACUCCCUCCAUUGGAAAUAACUUGCCAAACCAUCUCUCCACUAGUUCUGUCUUGAUCCCCCCGACAGGAAUUAACAACCGAUUUCCUCCUGAGAAGAUAGCCAUGCCUGGUAGUGAGGAACAGGCCACCACGUCCAUGGGGGCCACUGUGAGAGCAGCCCUCAGCUGCAGGGAUUCAGUGGCCAGUACAGACACUCUGGUUGCAUGCCCACCUGUUGCAAUGUUUACCGGAAGCAUGCUGACAAUAAACUCUUACGACAGUCCUCCCAAGUUAAGUGCUGAAAGCUUGGACAAAAAUUCAGGGUCUCGAAACAGGGCAGACAAUUCUGGGAAACCUCAGCAACCUUCGGGGGGCUUUGCACCAGCAGCCAUAAACAGAUCGAUUCCAUGUAAAGUCAUCGUUGACCACAGUACCACGCUGACCUCCACUUUGUCUCUGACCGUUUCCAUUGAAAGCGCAGAAGCCAGCUUGGACAUCCAGAGCAGGUCGGUGAGGACAGAGGCGGCCAUACAGCCAAUGGCAUGUCCUCAGGUGUCCGUUAUUAGCAGGCCCGAGCCGGUUGCCAACGAAAGCACAGAUCAUGGUUCUAGUUUCAUUGCUGCCUGUGCAGCGAAACAAGACAGUAAAAUGCUGCAGGCCCCCUGCACGAGUCUCCGAGAAGUACCCCUGGUUGUUCCAGAUAAAUUAAAUGAGGUGACUGCUCCUAGUAAUAGCUUUGCUGAGCAGGCACGGGGCCCGACCACUUUCAAAAGUGAAGCAGACACAACCUGUAGCAAUCAAUAUAACCCAGGCAACCGGCUUGGCUGGAGCGACGAGGGCCUGAGGAGCACAGGGCAGCCUCUGGUUAACCACUCGGGUUCAAGUAAACAGAAAGACUAUCUAGAGCAGAGCUGUCCAAAGGCUAUUAAAACGGAGCAUGCCAGCUACUCUCACAUGUCAGAACUUCACCCCAGGAAUCUCAUAACAAGUGUCGCCCUACCUGUGAAAUCCGAACCUCAUGAAGUGGAAAAGGGCUUUAGAAUGGACACUGAGGACUUCCCUGGGCCCGAGCUACCACCUCCAGCCACAGAGGCAGCUCCUAAUGUGCAACAGUCACAGAACGUGAAGGUUCCCACCUCUGGCCCCAUGGAAGAGGUGAUUUCCUUGGCUACGGACACCCUGAAAAGAGUUCCCAAUGCGGGGAGCUCAAGCUGCCGUCUGUCCUCUGUGGAGGCAAAUAAUCCACUGGUGACACAGUUGCUACAGGGCAACCUGCCUUUGGAAAAAGUGUUACCACAGCCCAGAUUGGGAGCCAAGCUCGAAAUCAACAGGCUUCCUCUGCCUCUUCAAACUACCUCAGUGGGUAAAACAGCACCAGAGAGGAACGUUGUUGAAAUGCCAUCCAGCUCUCCAAACCCAGACGGGAAGGGCUACUUGGCGGGGACUCUUGCCCCACUCCAAAUGCGAAAGCGAGAAAACCACCCCAAAAAGAGAGUAGCCAGGACUGUGGGGGAACACAUGCAAGUUAAAUGUGAACCAGGGAGAAUGUUGGUGGAGCCAGAUGUUAAAGGCGUGCCUUGUGUGGUCAACUCCAGCCUGAAUCAGCUAGGACACAGCCAGCCCUUUAAGCAAGAGUGGCUGAGCAAGCACGCCAUCCAGAGCAGGAUCGCUCACAGCCCUGAGGUCAAACAGCAGAAGCGGCUGCUCCCCUCCUGCAGCUUCCAGCAGAACCUCUUCCACGUGGACAAGAAUGGUGGCUUCCAUCCCGACGCUGGUACCUCACACAGACAGCAGUUUUACCAAAUGCCCAUGGCUGCCCGGGGCCCCCUUCCGACUGCGGCUCUGUUACAGGCCUCUGCCAAGGGCCCAGUGGGCUGCAAUGCAUUUACCUUCAGUAGGCAUCUUGAACAAAAGGGACUGGGAGAGGUGGGCCUUUCUUCAGGACCUCACCAGCUAAGGUUAGCCAAUAUGUUAUCCCCCAAUAUGCCCAUCAAGGAAGGCGAUGACGUGGGAGGGGCUGCACACGCAAUGCCAAACAAAGCACUAGUGCAGCCGCCGCCGCCCCCACCGCCACCGCCUCCACCCUUGGCUUUGCCCCCGCCUCCCCCCCCACCACCUCCACUACCUCCACCUCUUCCUAAUGCAGAAGUCCCAGCCGAUCAAAAACAACCUCCAGUUACCAUGGAAACCACUAAGAGACUUAGUUGGCCACAGUCCACGGGCAUAUGUAGCAAUAUAAAAUCGGAACCUCUUUCUUUUGAGGAAGGUUUAGGCAGCAGCUGUGAACUGGGCAUGAAACAAGUUUCUUAUGACCAGAAUGAAAUGAAAGAACAGUUAAAAGCAUUUGCGCUAAAGAAUGCAGAUUUCUCUUCCUAUUUGCUUUCUGAGCCACAAAAGCCUUUUACCCAAUUAGCUGCUCAGAAAAUGCAGGUGCAGCAACAACAGCAGCUCUGUGGAAAUUAUCCAACAAUACACUUUGGUAGCACGAGCUUCAAAAGGGCAGCCUCUGCAAUUGAAAAGUCCAUUGGGAUUUUGGGAAGUGGCUCCAGUCCUGCCACAGGCCUGCCUGGUCAGAACGCUCCGAUGCCCGUUCAGAACUUUGCCGACAGCAGCAACGCGGAUGAAUUGGAACUGAAAUGCUCUUGCCGGCUGAAAGCCAUGAUUGUGUGCAAAGGCUGUGGGGCCUUCUGCCAUGACGACUGCAUAGGUCCUUCGAAACUCUGUGUAGCUUGCCUGGUUGUGCGAUAAGAGCUGGAUGAGAGAUGCAGUAUCCCUUUCCAACAAUGGAGAAGCCACGCGGCGUCAGCAGCAACAAGUUAAAUAACUCAGUGCUUUAUAUUGUGCUAAUUUAUUUUAUUUUGGAACAAAUUAGCUUUUCUCUAUGGGAUUUUUCUUUUUGCAUUUUUCAGGAAGGAGAGAUCCCCUUCCAUCCGAGUGGCUCAGCGGCAUGUCUCAACAUAUUUAGUUGCCUAUCCCAGGUUUGGGAAAUUUUGGCCAUGUGUAUACAGGUCACUACCCCAUCAGAUUUUGUUUCUUUUUUUAAAAAUUCAGGUGUAGAUAGAAAAAGGACAUUUUAAAAUACUUAAUACUAACCAGAAAUGCAGAUGUAGAAAGAGAACGGUGAAAGUGGUUUCAGGUGGGCUGUGUGUGCUUCUGUAGAUGAACCAUUAGCGCAAGGGUUUUCACCGCUGACUCUUCUGGACCUACCUUGACCCCAGUGAUUAAAUCAUAUUUGGAAUGAGGAAUCUGAUUUAAAUGUUUGAUUCCUUGUAUUUACUCACAUCACAAAAGAUAUAUUAAAGGAGGCAUGCCAUUAAUAAACUCCACUGUCCUUAUUCUCUUUCCUCCCUUUUUAUUCUUUUCAGAGACUGGCAGGAUGUCUGCACUGGCCUUGGACACUGUACACACAUCCUAGUGAGAUGUGUCUUCGACCGGAAAUUGCCGUGCAGGCCUCAUGCCCAGUGGCCUGGUUCGAGCCCUUGGACCUGACACUGCAGGAUCCGUUGGCCAACAGAGAGCCUUGGGCCCAGGGGAUUUCAGAGCUCAUGUGUGGCCUUUAAGAGCAAGAAUUUUUUAAAAGUCCUAAAAUUAAAAUAAGUAAAAUUCUGUGUAUACAAACACAUGUAAGUGGGCUGAUGAUGUAGAUAUUGGUCCAUUCUCUUCACUCUGAUAGGACACUAGGUAUUAAAAUUGGGGUUACACAAUUGUGGACCUCUAAUGAUGACACCAGUGCACUCUGGCUUCCAGCUUUGAAGGCUGACCACCUCUUUUUUAAACUGUCGUUGAUGGUCAGAGGGACUGCAGAAGGCUGAAGUGUGGAUAUUUUUCUGAACCAUUUUUUGCCUCCUGAUUCACAAUCUAUAUAAUUCUAUUUUACUCUGAAAUUACGCUUAUUUUAAAAGUUGUUCUAGGCAUUGCAUGUUUUGUUUUUUUUCCCCCUCAGGUGCAUUCAGUACAUACUUCAUAUCUGGGGAAGUGGAACUGCUUUUGACAAAGGGAUACUGCAUCUUACAACUGUCCUCAGCGUUUAUCCGGUGAAGUCUGAGUGUUGAGUAUUUGAGCUCCAUUCCACAUACUUUGGCCACCCUCACGCAAGAGAACAGCUUUAGUUCAGGAGGCUCUGUUCCCUAAUGCAAGUUCAAAAGCACAUGCACAUUGUGGGAAGAUGAAAGACAGCAAAAACUACACCCAUUUAACUUCCAAUUACAGAGCACAAAAUGUGGAGUGUCACUAACCCAUUGAUUGAGUGCGACUGUAGAAUUUUUAAAAAACCGGGGGUAAAAUAUCACCUGUCAUUGAGAGGAUGACAGAGAUUUCACAUGGGAUGAUUCUAAUCAAUGUAAACUUUUGACAUUCCCUUAAACUACGUCUUAAAAAUUAACUGGAAUGAACAGAAAUUACAUUUCUGGAGAAAAAAAAAACACUUGUGAUUUCUUUUUUUUAUAGUAGUCAGCCAUGGUAUAUUAUUUUUCCCUUGCAUAUUUAUUAUUGUGAUGUUGCCAAAUUUUGUUAGGUGACAGAAAUGUCAUUUUUAUUAACAAAUUGCUGAUAGUGAAAGAUACUUUAUCUUAAAAAGCAAGAAAAGCAAAGAGAGGCCUACCUUUGUGGCUGCAAUUUGGUGCUUCAGUGUUGUCACUUCUGUUUUUCACAUUAAAAUUAAUAAAAUUAAUUCACAACUGAAAAAAAAAAA